AUGACGAAAAUGUUCGAAAUUAUCAGCCUCAAAUAUUCUCACAAGCACAGUGCCCCAUCGCCGAGAUCUACACAAUAUCACGAACAUUACACCUCAUUCUCGCCCUCCAUCUCACCUGCGGCUAUCAACCAUGCGCGUCCUUCAUUGUUUACUUGGGUAACCAAUCUCAUCACCAUUAAAGACGAUGACACUCAGCUUCGUGCAUCCACUAAUGGCCGACGCCCAGAGGAUAGCGUUAGACUGGUUACUUGGAAGACUUGGGGAAAUUUAGCAUUGCUUAACUUUGUGAGAAGUACAAGAUGCGCGCGCCUGUUUCUUGCUAUCUCACCGAGUCUAUGGCUGCCUCACGCAAAAAUGGUGCUUGAUUACAAAGAAGCGGCGCCUACAACAGGGCUUCUUUGCACUCGUGAACCUAGCCCGAAAUUUUCCCUUGGUUGGUGUGACUACCACUCCGAUUGGUCUCUUCCGAGUUUGAAGGCCAGGUACAUGCGCAUUCAGGUGUUUGUUGUAGCACAAGAGUUGGUAUUGAGAGGCCGCCGACUCUCCAUCUCCAGCUGCGGUACAGCAAAGCAAACCUUUUCCAUCCAGAAUAGCGGAAACGAGCUCAAGUUGGAUCGCAUCCAGUCCGUUCGUCCAAUUCGGUAUGGGUUUCUUCACAAUGGUAUUGAUCGUAUCACGUUCUUCUGGCGGGGUUGUCGAGCUGUCAUUGAGUCGUCAUAA